GUUUUGGCAGUGAAUGAAGACGAGAUAACAUCACUGCCGGGUCUCUCGGAUGCCAUAAAAUUCAAACAAUAUUCCGGUUAUUUGAAUGCAUCGAAAGGAAGACAUCAUUUCUAUUGGUUUGUUGAGAGCGAAUCCGACCCCCAAAACGCACCGGUAGUGCUGUGGCUGACGGGAGGGCCCGGAUGUAGCUCUAUAUUCGGGAUGAUUACCGAAAACGGACCCUUUCGGGCCAAUGAAGACGGAAAGACACUAUCGCUGCACGACUUCAGGUGGAAUAGUGUGGCAAAUAUGGUAUACAUGGAGUCUCCCGUUUCCACUGGUUUUAGUUACGACGAGACGACUGACAAACCCUAUAACAACGACGAGACCACCGCUUAUGACAACUACUUAGCACUCGAGAGCUUUUUCGCAAAAUACCCGCAUUUGAAGAAAAAUCCAUUUUAUAUAACGGGUGAGAGUUAUGGCGGCGUUUAUGUGCCGAUGUUAGCCCACGAACUAUUCAAACAAAAUUCAACCAUCAAUUUAAAGGGUUUGUCUGUUGGCAAUGGAUUACUCGGUGGAUGGCGUGAUGGCCAGUCGAUAGUCGACUUUCUCUUAGGACACGGAUUAGUGACCACCGAUUGGUACGCAAAGAAAAUAGAGGCCUGUUGUGAGUGUACGGCCGGUAUUCAACACGAGUGUGACUUUGAUAAAGCCCCCAAUAAAACUAAAUGUGAAUCCAUUCCUAUGGCUAUGAUGUCAACUCCUAAUCCAUACAAUAUUUACGACGAGUGUGUGCCUGAUCUGGACGUCCAAAACCUGUUCAAUACAUACCAUAAGCAACAGUUCGAGAAGAUUGGCGUCAAAUUUUCAAUCAGUGAUGGAUUCAAACAAAACGCUAAACCCAAGUGCCCAAAGAAUGGUCACACGCCUUACCUCAACGACCCGGCCGUACAAAAGGCACUGCACAUAAGGGAAGGUGGAGUGCGUUGGGGCGCCUGUCGAGGCAUUUACGAUCGGACGCACGGAUAUACAUCCCAAGAGAAGAUUGCUUUCGAUUUGAUCCAUACGUACAAAAUCGGUCGUUUUGUCGUAUAUAACGGCGACACCGACACCACGUGUGACUUUAUAUCAGACCAACGCUUUAUAGACGGCGUCGCCGUUUCAACGCAAAGCAAAAAACUUGAAAAUUAUCGAAUUUGGAGAGAAGACGGAAAACCCGACGGAAGAAUUGGUGGUUUUGUUCAGCACUACGAGAAUGGGCUGAGCUUUGUGUUAGCCCGCGGGGCCGGACAUAUGGUGCCCGAAGAUAAGCCCGAAGCAGGGCUUCAGAUAUUUAAGCAUUUGCUCGGAUUGGCUAAACUAUAA